CAAUAUUUAUAUUUCACGUAGUCCCCGAUUUUCUAACCUAACAAGUCAUAACAAGCUGUGUGCAAAAAUAAUGCAAGUUUAAACAUGUCUAAAGGGCAGUCCUUAAUGAUUGUAAGCUUUUAACUAUUAAAAAAAUCUUUUUUCAAAUGAUGACCCACCAAUAGUGACAAACUAACCUCACUAUUGACAAGGUGUUGAAAUAAUUUGACAAAAACCCUUUCCUUCGAUUAAAUUUUUUUGAAAACUGGAGAGACCAAUGAGAAUUUUAACUCGGCUGUUUGGCGCUUUUUUUCGAGCUUUUUUCUUACCUUUUUCGCAAGAUGCCGGUAGCAGUGUGGCAGGUGCUAAGAAUUGGCGGCAAAGAGCUAUUGUCAACACAAAUUCGCGCCCGUUUUCCCAGACCGUUAGCAGCAGCCGUUAGGAACAGUUCGGAGAAACCCCCAGCAGAAACUACAGCCCCAAAGAUGCCUUCUACAAGUCUUGUGUUGAGAUACACCAAAGUGGUUCCUGAAGCUUACCCACCAACUAAAGGCUCCCUAAAAGCCGCCGGUUAUGACUUAAAAAGUGCUUACGACUGCACAGUUCCCGCGCGCGGCAAAGCAUUAGUGGACACAGGCAUCAAGGUACAACUUCCUGAAGGCUGCUAUGGAAGAAUUGCCCCCAGGUCGGGUCUUGCAGUCAAGAAUUUCAUCGACGUUGGAGCUGGAGUUGUCGAUGAGGACUAUAGAGGGGUCAUCAAAGUCGUGUUAUUCAACCACUCAGAUACCCCUUUUGAGAUUAAAAGUGGAGAUCGUAUCGCACAGUUUAUCUGUCAACGUAUUUAUUACCCCGACAUCGAAGAAGUGAAGGAUUUAACUGAAACUGCUCGUGGAGAAGGGGGCUUCGGUUCAACUGGUACCAAUUAGUUUUAGCAGUAUUUUAAUGUUGUGUUUGCUGUAUUAUGUUCGUUACCGUUCUUACUUACUUUUAAAUAAAUAAUCGCCUCAUUUUACCCAAAAA